GAGCGCUGUAAUCGGGUCUCCAGAUUAUGGUGCGACAGGAGCCUGCACGGUGAGACACGACUGGCAGCUUCAGACUCCGGUACAAGAAGUGUCCCUGUGUCAUUCAAACGUGACACAGCUAAGGAGAAACGUGAAGGUACUACUAUUUAAAUACAAGGGUACAAUCCAACAGCACCAUGUCGGCCAAAGCCAUCUCAGAGCAGACGGGGAAAGAGUUUCUAUACAAAUACAUCUGCACCUCCGCCGCUGUCCAAAACCGCUUCAAAUACGCCACCGUCACUGCCGACACAGACUGGGGCCGUCUCUCACAAGACCACCCAUGGCUUCUCACUGAGAAACUGGUUGUGAAGCCUGACCAGCUUAUAAAAAGACGUGGGAAGCUCGGGCUGGUGGGCAUCAACCUUGAUCUGCAGGGGGUCAAAGACUGGCUCAAAGAUAGACUCAUGAAAGAGACCGCAGUGGGCAAAGCCAAGGGUGUGCUAAAAAACUUCCUCAUUGAGCCAUUCGUUCCACAUAAACAGGAGGAGGAGUUUUACGUGUGCAUCUAUGCCACUCGUGAGGGCGACCAUGUGCUGUUCCACCAUGAGGGUGGGGUGGAGGUCGGAGAUGUCGAUGCCAAGGCCCUGAGACUCAUGGUGCCAGUGGACGAGAAGCUCAAUGAGGAACAGGUCACAGAGCAGCUACUUACAAACGUCCCAGAUGAGAAGAAGGGAAUACUGGCCAGUUUCAUAGUGGGCCUAUUCAGUUUAUAUGAAGAUCUCUACUUCACCUACCUGGAAAUAAACCCACUUGUUGUCACUCAGGACAGCGUGUACAUCCUUGACAUGGCAGCUAAAAUCGACGCCACGGCCGACUACAUCUGUAAAGCCAAAUGGGGUGACGUGGAGUUCCCGCCCCCCUUUGGCAGAGAAGCUUAUCCAGAGGAGGCUUACAUCGCAGAUCUGGAUGCAAAGAGUGGAGCAAGUCUCAAGCUGACCUUACUCAACCCCAAAGGCAGGAUUUGGACUAUGGUGGCUGGAGGAGGGGCUUCAGUGGUCUACAGUGACACAAUUUGCGACUGUGGCGGAGUAGAUGAGCUGGCAAAUUAUGGCGAAUAUUCUGGCGCUCCCAGUGAACAACAAACGUACGACUACGCAAAGACCAUCCUUUCACUCAUGACAAGAGAAAAACAUCCAGAAGGGAAAGUACUCAUCAUUGGAGGAAGUAUUGCUAAUUUUACCAACGUAGCAGCCACAUUCAAGGGCAUUGUUAGAGCCAUCAAAGAUUACCAAGAACCUCUCAAGGAGCAUGAAGUCACCAUUUUCGUGAGGCGUGGAGGACCCAACUACCAGGAAGGCCUCAGAGUCAUGGGGGAAGUCGGGAAAACCACAGGAAUUCCCAUCCAUGUGUUCGGUACAGAGACCCACAUGACGGCCAUCGUGGGAAUGGCUUUAGGUCAUCGCCCCAUCCCACAUCAGCCUCCAUCAGAUGCACAUACAGCCAACUUUCUGCUUAAUGCCAGCAGCAGUGCAAAAACUCCUGCUGCGACACGGACAGCCUCUUUCUCCGAAAACAGAGCAGCUAAUGAAUCUUGUCCAGCCAAGAAGUGCAAAGGUCUUCCAGCAGAAGCUCAGGCCUCUUCAGGCUGCUCUGGAGCAAAAGCCACCACUCUUUUCAGCAAACACACUAAGACCAUUGUGUGGGGCAUGCAGACUCGAGCCGUACAAGGCAUGCUGGACUUCGACUAUGUGUGCUCUCGAGAUGAGCCUUCUGUAGCAGCCAUGGUCUACCCCUUCACUGGGGAUCACAAGCAGAAAUUUUACUGGGGUCACAAAGAGAUCCUGAUUCCAGUCUAUAAAAAUAUGGCUGAUGCGAUGAAGAAACAUCCAGAAGUGGAUGUGCUCAUCAGUUUCGCUUCACUGCGCUCAGCUUAUGACAGCACAAUGGAGGCUAUGCAGUUCACCCAGAUUCACACUAUUGCCAUAAUAGCUGAAGGCAUUCCUGAAGCUCUGACCCGAAAAAUGAUCAAGAUGGCUGACGAGAAGGGUGUCACAAUUAUCGGCCCUGCAACGGUUGGUGGUAUCAAGCCCGGCUGUUUUAAGAUUGGUAACACAGGAGGCAUGCUGGACAACAUUCUGUCGUCUAAACUGUACCGGCCUGGGAGUGUGGCGUAUGUGUCCCGCUCCGGAGGCAUGUCCAAUGAGCUCAAUAACAUCAUCUCACGCACCACUGAUGGCGUGUACGAGGGCGUGGCCAUUGGAGGAGACAGAUAUCCAGGUUCAACCUUCAUGGACCAUGUGCUUCGAUACCAGGACACUCCAGGAGUUAAGAUGAUUGUGGUGCUAGGAGAGAUUGGAGGCACAGAAGAGUAUAAGAUUUGCCAGGGCAUCAAAGAGGGCCGGAUCACCAAGCCUGUAGUGUGCUGGUGCAUAGGAACCUGUGCCACCAUGUUUGCUUCAGAGGUCCAGUUUGGCCAUGCCGGAGCUUGCGCCAAUCAGGCUUCAGAAACAGCCGUGGCCAAAAACCAAGCCUUGAGGGACGCCGGAGCCUAUGUACCAAAGAGCUUUGAUGAACUGGGAGAUGUAAUAAAGACAGUUUACACUGACCUGGUGGACAAUGGUACAAUAGUUCCUGCUGAGGAAGUACCACCCCCUACAGUACCUAUGGAUUACUCCUGGGCCAGGGAGUUGGGUCUGAUUAGGAAGCCAGCCUCUUUCAUGACGAGUAUCUGUGAUGAGAGGGGUCAGGAGCUAAUUUACGCUGGUAUGCCCAUCACUGAGGUGUUCAAAGAGGAGAUGGGCAUCGGUGGUGUGCUUGGCUUGCUCUGGUUUCAGCGCAGACUGCCUCGCUAUGCCUGUCAGUUCAUUGAGAUGUGUCUGAUGGUGACGGCUGACCACGGCCCGGCGGUCUCCGGAGCACACAACACUAUUGUCUGUGCUCGAGCCGGGAAGGACCUGAUCUCCAGCCUGACCUCUGGCCUACUGACCAUUGGUGAUCGUUUUGGUGGUGCUUUGGAUGCAGCAGCAAAGCAGUUCAGUAAAGCUUUUGACAGUGGGAUGUUACCAAUGGAAUUUGUCAACAAAAUGAAAAAAGAUGGAAAACUUAUCAUGGGCAUUGGUCACAGGGUUAAAUCUAUUAAUAACCCAGACAUGCGGGUGCAAAUUCUGAAGGACUUUGUGAAGCAGCAUUUCACCUCCACACAGUUACUGGAUUAUGCCUUAGAUGUGGAGAAGAUUACCACUUCUAAGAAACCAAACCUCAUUCUCAAUGUAGAUGGUUUCAUUGGUGUUGCAUUUGUGGAUCUUCUUCGGACGUGUGGCGGCUUCACACGGGACGAGGCAGAUGAGUUCGUGGAGAUUGGUGCUUUGAAUGGAAUCUUUGUCCUGGGUCGAAGCAUGGGUUUCAUUGGGCAUUAUCUUGACCAGAAGAGACUGAAGCAGGGUCUCUACCGCCACCCGUGGGAUGACAUCUCCUAUGUGCUUCCUGAACACAUGUCCAUGUAAUGUCGUCUUUUGGGAUAAAUAAUAUUUUUAUUUUAAUGGAGAAAAAGGGGAAGUCUAUUUUAGUCAGCUUAAGGGGUUAUUAUAAUUAGAACAAGAAGCCAAACACUGCUACAGCUUCUAGCACAGCUACAGUUGGGUCCUGAACAUGAUAGUGGUUUAAGGAGCCCAGUGAGCUCAUCUGCACUAAUGCUGCUGGUGUUAAAUGGUUUAAGCCAAGUAAAACAGUUCCAGUUCACAUUUUCAAUUAAAAAAACAAAAUAAUUGAUUUAUUUUAUCAGCAGUUGCCUGAUUUAGUUCUUAAAGUGCUCUCUGACUAUCUCAAUACAGUAUUGCACCUUAGUCAAAACCUAAUAGUUAAUAGUUUCUCCUCCCAUUUAUAAUAAACCAAAGUUGUUUUUAUUGAAAAGGGCCCAGUGUUAUUGCAGCUGAAGGUACAGUUAUUACUUUUAUUUCACAUUUUAAACAUUGGCCAAAAUGGACAUCUACUUGACAGAAGACACUGUUACUUCAUGCCUGUUAUGCCUUCCCAUUGUAAUAGUUUCUACUAAUGUGAUUUCUUUAGUCUUGGGGAGUGAGUCUUACAUUAUGUCUAAUGUAACCAGGGUACUGGUCCUCGAAAGUCAUUACAAUACAAUAAAAUACUGACUCGAAUAUUAUACAUACGCUUCAUGAAUGUGCCCGAUGAGUCUUUAGCAUCACAGAGAGGGACCAUGAAAGCACACAGCAUGUGGACACGGUCUUGGAUGCCCAAACUGGGAAUACUGUCAUAACUUAAUGCCUUCAACUUAAUACUUUAACUUCCCAAGGCCCUGCCUGCUGUGUUUAACAUAUGUUUUGCUAUUUAUAUUUAACUGUGAAAUAAAAUGCUUUGUUUUUUUGUAAAAUGUUGUCCUAGAGAAGAACAAUAAAGAAUUUAUUGUCUUAA